AAAUCUCUUCAAAAAAAAAAAAAUUCAGCAACUGAUACAAGAAACAUCCAUGUCAACAAUAACGUCGUCCAUCGAUCUUCUGAGCUCGAGAAGUCGUGUUCAUGUAAUUCCUCAUCAAAGAGUUCACCGGAGUUUGUUUUCUUCAUUGGCAAGAAAACCACGGCUGGGUUUCAUGGCGGCCAACCCUUCAUUCUUGUCUCUCUCAAUAGGUCAGAGGAGUAGUGCUCUUAGCAGAAGCGACGCCAAGAUGAACAAGAUUGUAUGCAAUGUCUCAGGAGCUCCUACUCCAUCUGGAGCACCUUCAUGGAGGGGCUGGAUGAUCGGGAUGCUAAUAUCAGUGGUAAUACCCUUUUGGAGACACAAAUGGGGGCCCUUGCAAAUAAUUAAAAAUAGGGUGGACAUGGUAAUGAACACAGUUGAAGCAGUGGCGGAGGUGGUCGAAGCGGUGGCGCAUAAAGUGGAAGAGGUGGCAGAUGAUAUAGCUGAUAAACUUCCUGAAGAUGGAAAGCUUAAGUCUGCAUUUGAAGCAGUUGAAGCAAUAGCUAAAGAAACAGCCAAAGAUGCUCACAUGGUGGAUGAGCUAAUUGAGAAUGUUGAGGCAGCGGAAGAUAAAGUUGAAGACUUCUUUGAGUCUGCCACGCAUGGAGCUGAAGAUCAGAAGACCAAAGUCGACGACGUUGGUGGAGAAGAAGGAAAUAAUGUAGAAGAAAAGAAAAUCGAAUGAUUUUUAAGGUCGAUUUUCAAAUGCAGAUGAACAUCCUUAUAAAAUCCAGAUGUACAUCUGUAGCUCUGUACAAAGGAUCAAGUUGAUAUUGUAUGAUUGCUUUGUAAAGAUUAAAUUCAUUGGUUUCAUUCGUUUUAAUAAGAAGAAUAUAAGAUUAUUCAUUUCUAUACC